AUGGCUGUAAAGAAGUCUGAGUCGUCAACCUUGUUGGAGAAGGUGGAUGGGGACAAAGACGCUGAUGAGUCCAAACCAGAGCCAGCUCCCAGGUCCAAACCACCGAGCAUCACCCCCAAACCGCCUCCAUCCCAGGCCACCAAACUCCCACAGGGGGCGCACACCUCUUGCCCAACCAGUCCCACCAGUCCAACCAGUCCCAGGGCAAACAGCACCUACAUUCAAGAUGACUCUGAGGUUCCAGUAGGCAGCUCCUCUGCUAAAGGACCACUUCCUGCUCCUCGCCUGAAGAGGGCGCCAUCGGAGCAGGAGCGAGAGAGCACCAGCAGCAACCCUGCAGGACCCCUGUCUCCACUGGACGUUGAUUUUUCUGGAGACGGCGGCGAUGCGUUUGACCCGCCCGGUGCAGGAAGCGAGCCUGGAGCCGGCGGUGGUAGACAGUGGUCGUCUCUGAAGAGCUCAGCGAGUCCUCCUCCUGCCGGGGAGCAAGACCGGGAGCGCACCAAGUCGCUCCCCACUUACGUGACGCCUCCAUCUCUGGCGGACACAGAUCUCAGUCCAGCUGAGGAGGAGGUUCAAUCUCCAACUGACAACAAAUCAGAGGAGGAGUCCAGCGAAGACACUCCUUCAGUCUGA